GUAAAAAUGAGUUGGAAAAGGGCAAAAUGGUGUGGGCGGCGCGUAUGAAGUUGGCGCGAAUUCUAAGGCUGCGUCCUGUGCAAGACGAAGAACAUGCGAAUUUCUAGGAUGGUUCCGGGGCAAGAAAAUUUUAGCGCGGCGCCUUGAAGAUGUAGGAUAUUCCGUCUUCCAAUCCCUCUUAUUCGUUUUGGUAUCUUCAUAGGUUGAGUUAUCGUCCCAUUCCUGAAGACUAAAAGCAACCAGACCCAGUUCAGAUUUUCUUUCUUUUUUUAGAAAGGAUUAUCAUGGCAGCCGGUAUAGCUGUUGGAAGUGGGCAACUGCAGUACCGGGUUAACUUCUGCAAGAGGCAAGGUAGCAGACAAACUGCUUGGAUCGCCGGUGUGACAUUAAAUGGAUCCAGACGGACAGAGGUCUCCUGGCCAUGCAGGGUAUCUAGGCCUUCUAAGAUGAGGAGGCGUAAUUUCUUUCAGUCUCAUAUAAGUGAAAAUUGGAAGGCCCAUAGGACAGUCACUGUAUCAUCUAGUUUGAAAAAUGGUUCCACAAAGUAUUUUGAUUUUGCUGUCAUUGGCAGUGGAGUUGCUGGUCUACGUUAUGCUCUUGAAGUUGCAAAACAUGGAACCGUUGCAGUAAUUACUAAGGCUGAGCCUCAUGAGAGCAAUACAAACUAUGCUCAAGGUGGAGUCAGUGCUGUACUGUGCCCUUCAGAUUCUGUGGAGAGUCAUAUGCAGGAUACUAUUGUAGCAGGGGCCUAUCUAUGUGAUGAGGAAACUGUUAGAGUUGUCUGUACAGAAGGACCUGACAGAAUCAGAGAAUUGAUAGCCAUGGGUGCAUCCUUUGAUCAUGGUGAGGAUGGGAACUUGCACCUAGCAAGGGAAGGGGGGCAUUCUCAUCACAGAAUUGUUCAUGCUGCUGAUAUGACUGGAAAAGAGAUUGAGCGGGCUCUUUUGGAGGCAGUUGUCAAUGAUCCUAAUAUUGUUGUGUUCAAGCACCACUUCGCUAUUGAUUUGCUUACCUUCCAGGAUGGUUCUGACACUGUUUGUCGUGGUGUUGACACUUUAAAUAUUAAAACACAAGAGGUGGUGCGAUUCAUUUCAAAGGUAACUUUACUAGCAUCUGGUGGUGCAGGGCAUAUCUAUCCGUCAACCACAAAUCCUCUGGUGGCCACUGGAGAUGGAAUGGCUAUGGCCCAUCGAGCUCAAGCUGUGAUCUGUAACAUGGAAUUUGUUCAAUUCCAUCCAACUGCCUUGGCUGACGAAGGCCUUCCUCUUAAACCAAGGAAGACUCGAGAAAAUGCAUUUCUCAUAACUGAAGCUGUAAGGGGUGAUGGAGGCAUCCUCUACAAUUUAGGAAUGGAAAGAUUUAUGCCUUUGUAUGAUGAGAGAGCUGAACUUGCUCCAAGAGAUGUGGUGGCUAGAAGUAUUGAUGAUCAGCUAAAGAAGCGUAAUGAGAAGUAUGUGCUACUUGAUAUAAGUCACAAGCCAAGAGAAAAGAUUCUCUCCCACUUCCCUAACAUAGCUUCUGAGUGUCUCCAGUAUGGCAUAGACAUAACCCAGCAACCAAUUCCUGUUGUUCCUGCUGCACAUUACAUGUGUGGGGGAGUACGUGCUGGACUCCAGGGGGAGACAAAUGUCCGUGGCCUGUAUGUGGCAGGUGAGGUUGCAUGCACAGGUUUGCAUGGUGCAAACAGACUUGCUAGUAACUCAUUGCUUGAGGCCUUAGUUUUUGCACGAAGAGCCGUCCAGCCCUCAAUUGAUCACAUGAAAAAUUCUAUACUUCAUCUUACUGCUUCUGACUUGUGGACCCGACCUGUUGUUCCCCUAUCACUUAGGAGUGAUGUAAUGCACAAAAUAUUUAGUACAACUAAAGAAGUGAGAAAAGAACUACAAUCAAUCAUGUGGAAGUAUGUGGGAAUUGUUCGGUCAACAACAAGGCUAGAAGCUGCAGAACAAAAAAUUAGCGAGUUGGAGGCCAAAUGGGAGACAUACUUAUUUGAGCAUGGUUGGGAACAGACAAUGGUGGCUCUUGAGGCCUGUGAGAUGAGGAACCUCUUUUGUUGUGCAAAACUGGUUUUGAGCAGCGCUCUUUCUAGACAAGAAAGUCGUGGGCUGCACUAUACCAUUGAUUUUCCUCAUCUGGAAGAGAGUAAGAGGUUACCAACAGUCAUCUUUCCUUGCUCCCUAACGAACAGGACAUGGAGUUCCCGUCAAUUACACCAGCAACCCAUUUGUUAGUGCGGAGUCUGGUCUUUGGUUAAGCUGCUAAAACCUAUAUUUAUAGGCAUAGAUAAUAAUUUAUUUGAUCACUUCAUUGAAAAACGUAUGGCAGGCAAUGAAAUCUGUCAUACAUCAGACUUGGGGCAGCCUUUGCGGAAAUAUGAGGCUGCCCUCUUUUUCUUGUAUCUCCACUUAAUUUUAGUAAAAAAGAUAAAGGGCGUUCUAAUGGUAGUUCAACCCUUUUUGUGAUGUUUUACCGUAUCCCGUGCUUGCUUCUGUGUUGUUCUUAGGUCAUUGUUUCUUAAGUAUUCUGCAGCUAUCUACUUUAAUUGCUUUUAAAGAAGGGAAGGAAAUGGAUGCUAAUGAAGCCCUUUCAAGUUU